AUGAAAAGAUUGCUGCGACAACUGGUGCACCGCGGGACAAACGAAGACGGGAAGAGGGCGCCUAAUGGCGACGUUAUCCCGGGACCCCCGAUUCGACCCCCAUUCGACCUCUGUACCUCUGGCGCGGCCACUCUCGGCCACAGUGCCGAAAGUGUGGAUACCUCGGACAACAACCCGCCCCCGGCGCUGCCCCCGCGGCGGCCGCUCCGACCGCUCAACGCCGCCGUCGUCUUGAGGUGCGGGGACGCGCCGCGACGUCCGGCGUCAACGACGACGACGGAUAAUACGGCAGCGACGGCGGCUACGACGACGACGGCGCCGCCGACGACGACGACGCUGACGCCGGCGACGACAAGAACGGCCACGUUGUCCACAUCCCACGGCUCAACGACCUCCCCGGCCGUUGUUCAAGUGUCGCCUCAGCCGCCGCUCUUGACGCCGCCCCAGUAUCCUGCGCCCCCACGGCCCCCUAGUCGUACUGGUGGGGAUGAAGCGCGUAUCGCGAGGGCGAGAGGAAGCGGACGCGGAGCAUUACCGAGCCCCAUCCUCGCUAAUGGAACGCCCUCGUCGAGAGUGCCACCACCUCGCGCGGGCUGGGCAGUGCGGAUUACUACCGAGGCGACACUUACCUCGACGUCAAGUCAGCGUCCAUCGAUUCCAGGUACACCGUCGACGGUCGCCGUCGAACGAUGGGCUAGCGAGCGGACGGCACCGGUUUGGACGGGUCGUGCCGCAGCAUCGUUAUCACCCUCGUCAUCAUCAGCAGCAGCAGCAGCAACAGCAACGGUUGCAAACGCAGGAGGAUCGUUCUCCGCAGCGGAUCGAGCAGCCAGAGGACCAGCAACCAGCGUCGCUGGUAUCCGUCUCGAGCGUCGUUGGAUCGAGGAUAGGCAGGAGCUGGAGGCGACGAAGAAGGUGGAGCAUCGUCCGCAGCAGCAGUGUCGUCCGGAGACGCCAGGGACGUACAGCGUCCCGGGAGCAGCAGGUCGUCCGGAUCAUCUGAGUGGUCGGCCGAUGUUGCGUAACAAUGCGAUUCCGCCGCUCACGCGGCCACCUCCCUCGCGCGCGAACAUUGCCGGCGUCUUUACCGUCGGUAACGAGGACUGCAUCGGCGUCGUCGGCGAGGACGCGGAUCGUUCGCGUCUGGUCUCCGCAGAGACACGCGUGCACGAUCAUAGCCGGCCGUUCCCGCCACCGCGGUUACCCCUCGUGCACGUGACGGCGUCGGUACCCUCCGUGCCGCCGCCGCCACCGCCCCCGCCGGUGUCGCAGUUGGGUGUGAUAACGACGGCGCCGGUACCCGGGACGCCGCCGGCGUCCCGGACAGCGCCUCUCACCAUGCCGCUGACUCCGCUAUCGAGUUCCUUCCGGAGCAGGCCGUCCCUGCGUCGUCCGCAGAACGUUGAGACGUCGUCGAGCGACGCGAAUUCCAGGAGCCUGCUGUCGCCGUCGUCCGCGGACACGAUAACGACGGCAACGACGACGAUACCGUCGUCGCCCAGGAGUCCGGUCGGCGAGGUGAGCCUUGCCACGCCGCGACCGGACGGCGAGAGGACCAUCAACGAGUACGUCGAGGCGCCGUUCAAGCACUCGCGCUGCGGCCAGGAACGACGCCUCGACGCCGAGAGCAAGACCGCCGGUGACUGUCCGAAGGCGGAGAGAAGGCACCACCAUCACCAUCAUCGUCAUCAUCGGGGCCAUGAGGAUACCACGGUGGUGCCAACGCAUCGAGCGCGUGGUCGCGCGAGAGGGCCGAGUCUACGCGUGUUCAGUAGCAGCGCGACGACCGGCGCCGGCCCCGUCGCCACGUCGGCGAGCGCGGCGGCCGCGAAUGCCGUCACCAAGCAGCCGGUAUCUUUCACCAAGGAGCCAGCCAACACCCUCGGCACGAGGACCGGCUACGAUCCAGCUGGCCUGUCGAUCAUAUGCGACUUUUGCGGCAGAUGCCGAUGCGAGUCGUGCCGGGAGCCGCCACCGUUGCCGAGCAAGUGGCUCUGCGACAACGCGUGCCUCUGCUCGGCCGAGACCAUCCUGGACUACGCGUCCUGCCUGUGCUGCGUAAAGGGACUCUUCUAUCAUUGCGUGGACGGCGGUAGCGGUGGCGGCGUCGUCGCCAGCGGCAUAGACGGGGAGACCGCCGCGAUGAGCUGCGCGGACGAGCCGUGCUCCUGCACCGGCAAUCGCACGGCAUCGAGAUGGGCCUGCUUGAGCGCCCUGACCCUCAUGAUGCCCUGUCUGUUGUGCUACUGGCCGCUCCGCGGUUGCGUCACCCUCUGCGAGGCGUGUUACGCGCGUCAUGCCGCGCAAGGCUGCCGGUGCAAUCCAAACGCGGCUGCGAUCGGCGGCGCCGGCAGCGGCAGGCAUCACCCGAUCGCCAACGACAUCGGAGACUCGAGGGACCCGGAAAAGAGGCUGCUGGACCCGGUGACGCCGGAACUCUGAGCAAGGAGUCCUACCUGUACGAAGAGGAGAGACACCGCGCGCCCUUCACGUCGUGUCGACCACCAGAAAGAAGGUUUUCUGGGCCAGUCGAGGGACAAGCGCAAGAUCCCUGCUCUGAUGGACGUGUCGGAUGGUGCGCGCGGACGCGCGUGGCUUGGAGGGAGCAAAAGUGAAUCGCAUCGAGUACAAGAGUUGCAUUUAAGUCGAGGUGGGACGAUAUCGGAUCUUGACGAACCUGUACGUUUGACGUCGCGAAUGUCUUUAUUUAUUAUUCUUCCAUGAACGAAGAGAAGAGCACGUGUGUACGCGCGUACGUAUGGCGCGGAGGAUGGCCCAUGUGGCAGAGAAUGAAAAACUGUGCGCGCGUCCGUCUGUCUGUCGCGUGAGUGCGAAUGUGCGUGUGUGAUACGUAUGUUAACGAAUGGACGUUUGCGUGUACGUGUGCACGUGUCGCGUUUGCAUGCGCGUUUGUUUGACGAACGGCGGAGAGGAGCGAGGUACGCGAGCCAAAGCGUAUCGUCCAGACAUACCACUUACGCGCAUAGAUAACUCUAUACAUAAAGAAUUGUGUACGCAUUGUACGCGUAUGCCGCGCGUACGCAUCACGCGCCGAGCGAAAUCGAGCGAACGGUAAUAUAUCGGGGUCUGGGGAGGGGGGAGGGGGGCAUCACACAGAUACACAGAGUAAAUAAAGAAACUAAAAAGUAUAUAUUAUAUAUAUAUAAAUAUAUAAAUAUUAUAUAUAUAUAUAUAGAUAGAUAGAAAUGUAUAUUGUAUAUUACAUUUGUAUAAAGAAUAAACUUUUCUACGGUUAAUUUAUUUGCGGCUGUAACGCUAAGUGUAUGGUUCAUGAUAAGAGCGGGAGACAGACGAUUGGUGGAACAAGUCGGAGGGGAGGGGGAGGUCGAAAAAUUGUACCAAUGAUACGUGCGCAUGGACCAAUAUGGCCGCUGGAUGAAGCUCGCUGGCGUGACAAAUUUUCCGGUUGAAUGAAAUUGGAAUCAGAGGAAGGAAGAAAGAGAGAGAGAGAGAGAGAGAGGGAGGGAGAAAGAAAAAGAGAAAAAAAAGAGAUGGAGAGUCGGAAUGCCAAUUUUUGUGUUAUACGCAAUAUUCGUAACAUUUAUAAAUAGUGGCAUUCGGGGGAGGGGAGGGGGUGGAGAGAAUGCGUUGCGCGUGGAAGCCAUAUUGCACGAGCGUUUCGUGAGCAGAGCAAUGGGAAAGGGGAGGGGAUCACGCGCGCGGAUCAUCGCGAGAGGUCUCGCGUUUCCAUUUCGUUAAUGUUUUAUCCAGUAUUAUCUAGUCCUGCGAGCGCUCUUUUUAUCUCAGUUAAGCGUUUGUUUUCUAGGAACGGGCCAUGCGGCGUGCACGCGUGGGAGUGGAGACGCGAGAAAGGGGGAGCUCGCCGCCCCCGGUGAUCUCGCUCGCUAUAAAUAGAGACUCAAGAUCGGUAACGUCGCGGACAAACUCGCACUCGCUUUUCCCGCCGGUCCCGGCGGAUCGUGAACUCUCUCUCUCUCUCUCUCUCUUUCUCUCCAUUUCUCUCUUUCUCUCUCUCCGCCGCUCCCUUCUCGAGCAGUACCAAGUGCAGGUCUUAACACCAGAAUCUCUACGAAAUUUCAAACUUCAAAGUCAUCGAUCAUAUCGCUUUUCCUUUUUUGCGCAUUCGCAAGAAUGCAAGCGCGAUAAUUGGAUUCUCGUGUUAAACGCGUUGAUCGACCGAAAGAAAUCUGUCGCGAUCCACAGCGGUGGCAAUCGGUCAGUCGAUCAAAGUGGCAGGGUCGCGUAACUUGCGUGGUUUUGGCAUUUCGGUGCGAGGCGUGGGUGAGCGAUCGUGUGCGAGCGAAUGGGCGAACGUAACUGGGCCGAUCGCAUAGGUGAGUAAUCACGAGUGGACGAAGAUGGAUCGAGUAGCGAUGUCGUGCGGACAGGUGCGGGUUGGUUGCGAGGAUGGUUUGCUUGAUGUAAUCCGAGA